AUGGCGGAAGCCGGCUUCAUCCACUGCCCUACCGAGAACGAGCCUGACUUGGCCCAGUGUUUUUUCUGCUUUAAGGAGCUGGAAGGCUGGGAGCCAGAUGACAACCCCAUGCAGGAACAUAAAAAGAAUUCACCUAAGUGUGCCUUCCUGACUGUCAAGAAGCAGUUUGAAGAACUGACCCUCAGUGAAUUCUUGAAACUGGACAAAGAAAGAGCCAAGAACAAAAUUGCAAAGGAGACCAACAGCAAGCAGAAAGAAUUUGAAGAAACUGCAAAGACCGUUCGCUGCUCCAUUGAGCAGCUGGUUGCCUCGAAGUGAGCCUUUGCUGGGGGUGACCUGGACCUGAGUGACAUGCCACAUUUAAGCCACGUGUCCCAGCUUUCCCAGCCUGGGCCGCUUAGCAGUGUCUUAAAGAAAGAAAUAAUGAUAUUUUGAAACUGGAUGUCAAAUAUUAUUUUUGUCUUCGCUUGGAAGUGGCUCAGCCUGUGUGCCUCCCUCUCUUGAUUUUGUGGCUUUGCUCUGUUGUGACCUGGACUGAGGCAUUGAGGAAACGAGUGGGCGAGAAGGGCAGUGUCCAGUGACAGCACCUGUGGGGGGAGGGGGGCCUUGCAAGGUGUUUCUGGUCUUCAUGUUUUCCUACCGGGAGCUGAUGCCUCCCGUGCACUGUAGGUGUGGUUAUGUAUUAUGCUGGUGAUUCAUUUGUCCUCUGGCGUGAGUCUUCUACUGCAGGGUGAUGGAAUAAAAUCAUUUAAAAAAUGGA